GACUUACUAAUUCAUUUUAUUUCACAGUUUAAAAUGCAAGUAUUAAAGAUUUUUAUAUUAGUUUCUUAUAUUAGCGGUGUUCUAUGCCAAAUUGUUGACCCAGCUGUCUGCCCCCCACCUGUGUGUCAAGGCCGACCGGGGAAGCGGGGCCCGAUGGGGAAAGCGGGACCCCAAGGUCCGCCUGGGGAUUGUGGAAUAAAUGACGCAAUCGAAGCUAAAAUGAAAUCAGUUCUAGAUGACCUUACGACAAAGGUUCACGAAUUGACUGAACAAGUGAAGGAACUAAAACAUAAAUGCAAAGAACUUCCAGAUGCUGAAAAACCGGAAACGGUGUUCCCUCAAGGUUUAUGUCACGUGAUCUACCAACGCAAAUGCUUCUGGAUGGUUUAUAUCGGAGCAGGAAUUAACCACGCACAAGCAAAAGAAGAAUGCAAAAAGCAGGAAGGAUCGUUGGCGAAUAUUUAUAGCAAGGAACAUUACGACAUGAUCGGUUCGUCAGUGAGAAAGAGGAUUCCUCAUUUUCUAAACUUUCAUACGUUAUGGCUUGGAAUGGGAUAUGAUCCUGAGACCAACACGACGACAUUCUCAAACGGUUCGAGAUCUGACUUUCAGCAGUGGUUUCCAGGUACCUCUCAGCGGAUCUCCAGGAGUAAGCAGAUGAUCAUAUGGGUUGAAAAGAACUCCGAUUCACCCAACCAAGGGAUGUGGAAUUACUUUCCUGAUAGUAUUCAUCACGGAACUCUGUGCGAAUUAAAGUGAAGAUGCGGGAAAUAUUUUCAACAACAUGGACUAAGCAAGGGUUGCUCAACCCCCUCUCUUCGCCAUGUAGACCACGAACGGUUUUCAUACGUAGCUUAUUUAUUACGUAGAAGUAUUUGUUGUUCUCACACGAAUGUUGCUAUGGAAACGGUGUAAAUUUGGCCGAAAAUUGGAGUGAAAAUUCGAAAAAUGUAACGCGGAUCAAGGAAACGUUUGUUGAUUGUGUUGUAUUAUAUUUUUGAGGCGAUGCUACCAGAAAAAAAAAUUCCUAAAUAUAUAUAAAUAAAAU